AUGAUGUCUGGGCUCGGACAGAAGCAUUCAGAGGUCAGCAAGCAUGGAAUUGAUCCAUCGGCAGCCUCACCGGAAGCCGCGCCACACGUGUUUUCCCUCUGUUGUUUGUGGUCAUGGCCUGCAGAUCAGUUGCCUGAUGUACCGCCUGUCCGCGCUGGAUCCAUCAGCACUCUCAUCGCAUGUAUCUUUAGAGGACACAGGGCACGCUCCCUCUGGUGUGCGUGUGUGUGUGUAUGUGUGUGUUAUGCAUGCAGGAUUGUUCGCUUCACGUGAUAGCUGCAUUGCAGCAGUACGCCAAGCUGAAGGCCACCCUCAAGGCCUUCGUCCAGUCGGCCACCUUCCCUCGGCCGCGCACUGACGCAUCGGUCAGUGCAAUGCAAUCAUGGACGAAUGUCUGUGUCACCAAUCGCGUGUCUGUUGUGUGUUCGUUUGCCUUGGUCAGGCCAAGUUGGAGGACCUCUCGGCCGACGCCGUGGCUUGUUUGCAGACAUCCACAUACCUGCCGGGCGUCGGCCGCCUCAGGACGACCGCGCGACUGAUCAAGAGCCACAUCCGAGAUGCCCUCCGCAGCCGGCUGACCGACGGGCCGUGGUGCGGUUCGCUCCUCAGCUGGGCGACGGCGGUGUGA